GUUCAGGCCUGUCAGCCGGCAUUGUUUGGCUAUUGCUUGUUUAGAAAAGGUCUUAAACCAUGAAUCUAAGGUUCAAUAUAACCAACUUGCAUAAAUUAUUCUAUCUUUUGAUAAUGUUUGAUUAUUGUGCUGAAGUUGACAUAUUUCUUGGACAGAUAAAAAAAUGUUAAAAACCUGUUUUUGAUGCGUAGUAUUUUUUAUGUUUUUCGUGAGAGUAUCGAAAAAAGAAAAAAAAAGGGAGCACCGGAAUCAGUGGCGUAGCCAUUGGGGAGCAAAGGACGGCGUCCGAGCCUGACAGCACAUUUGUUUGUUUUUUUUAUAGUGAGGUCACAUUUUCAGCCAAUUGCAGAUUUGUUAUCACGUAAAAUAUCCUGGCUACGCCACUGACAACAUUCCAAAUUUGAACGGGAUGAAAGACAUGUUGAGGAGCUAAUGGUUUAACUUCUCAGAGGCAGCUUGAGGGUUGCCAUAAAAUGGUGGCUUUUGUUUCCCGUGUAAUGCCUGUAACACAUAUAACUUUACGCUUGACUAACAAAAUUACGAAAAAUGUAGAGUUGUACACACAUCAAAGACAGGAACAGACACGUUUCCCAGGCGCCGGCAGCUUCAGGUGUUCAUACGAGAUACAAGUUCAACAUUUACUGUCACAAGGAAAGUCAGGUUCUUUUGGAAACCCAAGCAGCGGUCUAUUCUAGGUGGACGGGAGUGCUGGGAUGAAUUAUCUUGCAGGUUACCAAACUUAUGACCACGGUGAUUGACAUGGCGUCAAACUAACCCCAGUGCAUUUUUCAGAAGAACUAUUGCCCCUGAAACUUUUUUUAGAAUGACAAUCAACACAUCACAGUGACAUCGGACGUUGUUUACAUCUGUCAUUUUUUUUAUGUUGGAUGCUCACGUGGUAGUUCUUAUCUAUCUGCACGCAUCGUUUAGAGACAAUAAUUGUUCAUUAAAUUACUUUCUUUUCUUUUUUUUCACUUUUCAUCGUUUUUUUUUUUUCUUUUCUUUUAUUUAAUGGCUUGAGCCUAACACAAUUUAAUGUAGAUGAAAUGAAAAACUAUCGACAUUUUCUAUAAAGCACUUUUUAAAUAAAAGACAUGUUCUCUUUAUUCGUUAAAGACAAUAAUUGUUCAUUAAAUUACUUUCUUUUCUUUUUUUUCACUUUUCAUCGUUUUUUUUUUUUCUUUGCUUUGAUUUAAUGGCUGGAGCCUAACACAAUUUAAUGUAGAUGAAAUGAAAAACUAUCGACAUUUUCUAUAAAGCACUUUUUAAAUAAAAGACAUGUUCUCUUUAUUCGUUAAAUUAAUGAACCACUCCCCCCCCCUCCCAUCUAUGUGUUAACGCAUGUGUUACUUUCGAGUUCUGUUCUAUUAUUGGCACAUUACCAUUUGUCACGUUCAUUUCACUUCAGAAGUUUCAUUUUGAAUAUUUCGGUUCAAAAUGUAAAAUUCUGUUCCGAUAGUUUUGAUAUGAACGUUUGAAAAUUGCAAAAUAAAUUUAACAAGAAACGAUGGACACGCAAUAGUCUGCUGCAAGUUAAUUAUGUGUGAGACCACUUCCACAUACACACAUCUCUAUCGCAAAUAGGAUAAGUUAUAUUCGGACAGAUUCCCCUUAAUUAUGUAUUCCUAAAUAUUGGAUUUCCCACCGAAUCGCGUAUUUGAUCUUUAUCAAUCAAUAACUUUGGUCUAGAAAUCAACUUUAAAAAGUGCAAAGUAUGAGAAAGACAUACCAAGUUCAGCACAGAGAUACCACUAAGAUUUCCUACUUAAGUAUUUAAAAAACAAACUAACCGCUGAUUGUUUGAAACUAUAAACCACCGUCGUUAAAAAGAUGUUAUUAUUGAAUUCUUAAAAACUACCCUAAGAAGAAAUUUAUUUGUCCAAGAAAAUGAAAUUUCUUUUGCUAUCCACGAUUGUGUGUGCAUCACUGGUCGUCUCCCAGCAGGGGCCUGGCGUGUGUCUACCUAGCAGGCUUCAGUGCAUGUUUACGGAUCUCCUAACAAGUGUAAGUGAAAUUUAUUUCUACCUAAUUAGUCUUAACAAAUUUAGCACAAAUUUCUGACAAGAUUUAAUAAUCAAAUUAAUCAAAUUUCUUUGUUCGUUAUUUUCCUCUGCUCGUUAGUUUUAGGGUUAGGGUAAGGCUUAGGAAAAGGGCUAGGGUUAGGAUUAGGGUUAGGGUUAUGAUUAGGAUUAGGGUUAGGGUUAGGGUAUAAGGCUAGGGUUACGGUUAGGGUUAGGUUUGGGGUUAGGAUUAGGUUUAGGAUUAGGAUUAGGGUUAGGGUUAAGGUUAGAUUUAGGGUUAGGUUAAAGGUUAGGGUUGGGGUUAGGUUUAGGGUUGGGGUUAGGUUAGUGUUAGGGUUAGGGUUAGGUUUAGGUUGAGGAUGAGUGUUAGGGUUGGUUUAGGGUAGGGUUAGUGUUAGGGUUAGGGUUAUGGUAAGGUUAGGGUUAGGGUUAGGUAUGAGUAAAUUAUGUAAAAUUUGAAGCAAUUCCUUUCUUGUUUUGCUGAAUAAGACCUGUAUUCCCAAAACGUCACGAUUUUUUUCUAUUCAAUAAUGAAAGCCUAACGCUACUGCCGAGUUAGUCUAACGCCAAUUAUUUGUAUCUAUAAUCGGUGGUUACAUGGAGAACUGCGUUCAAGGUACAGCUCAAAUAUUUCCGACAUUGUCAUCACCCUCUUUUCAAACCCUCUUAAACAACCUCCUCAGACACAUGCAUCAAACUUUCUCUAAACACUCUCCUCACCAUCUCUCUAAACACUCUCCUCACCAUCUCUCUAAACACUCUCCUCACCAUCUCUCUAAACAAUCUCUUAAAGAACCUCCCAUGUAUUUCUAAACACUCUCCUAAUAACCCUCCCCACCUUUCUCUAAACACUCGCCACAACUUUCUUUAAACACUCGCCACAACUUUCUCUAAACACUUUCCUCAACACCCUCCCCAACUUUCUCUAAACACUCUUCUAAACACUAUCGACUUUCUCUAAACUCUCUCCUCAACACUCUCCUCAACACUCUCCUCAACACUCUCCUCAACUUUCUCAAAACACUCUCCAAAACACCCACUUCAACUCGAACUUCAUCAGUCUCCUUUGAGAACCUCUGAGACGGCCCUCUUCAGUUAAGUUCAAAAUUAAAACAACAAAAAGCAAUAUGUCAUCCAGAGUACCAUACAAUGAUCAAGGGUGGUCUACCCACACCAAGGGUGUUCAUCCAUAAAGUUUGCUGUAACAAGAGCAGACCACAAUGUGAUUAGCAAACUAACGUUGACGUAUCUUAAAAUAUCUUAGGGUGCACGCUACCUCAACGAUAAUGGUACUGAGAUAAUGCUAUUACAAGUAGUGUGUGAUGGAGGGAUAGAAAAGUAUCAUUACGCCCAAGAUAUUUUAGGAAAUCCUUAGAGCUAUUUUCGUACGACAUUGAACAUUUAAAAAACAAAAAAGCUAUGGCUUCCCACCAUCGUCGAGAAUCACGUUAAAGUCUCCUCCAUCGGGAACAAAUGAGAACCUAAGAAAAAAGUUAUGAUUAUAACUAACAAUUUUUAAUGAUUUAAAAACUUUUUUUUUGUGAAUGGACUAAGUAAGAACAAUUUUUUUUGAAUGGACUAAGUAAGAACAAUUUUUUUUUAGAAGAUGUUAAAAAGUUGGGAGGUAAUACAAAGGGAAACAACAUCUGUAAGACUCUGUUCUUUUACCAUUCUUUUGGAGAGGAGUUGAUUCUGUUGUAGAAUGACGUCACGUGGUUUAAUAUUACUUCUGGAACUAAGCAUUCCAUUUUUUUUUUUAAACUGAUCACGUCUUAUGGAAUGCUCGGCCGAAUUCUCAACAAAAGUUGGCGCAUUUCAGAUCAUUUUUGUGUAUUCGUUAACAAAAGGUAUCGGAAGACACUCUUUACCCAGAACUUCAGUAUCGAGCCCCGGCCACGUGGUUGUUGAAUAUUUUAAUCGGUUACCAAAAAGGAUUGCGUUGUACUUGCAAAGAAAAUAUUGAGGCAAAAUUAUUGAAACUCACUCUAGCAAAAACUAAAACUGUUCAUACCGCUUGAUCUGUGGCGGUCCAUUUGAUCAGCCCGAUAAAACUGGUUAACGGCACGUAUGGUGACGUCAGAAUGAAACUCGUUAAAGGCCCGUAUGACAACCUCAAUAUAUAACGAACUAAGACAACUGAUGUCAAUGAGUAUUUUAACACUUAACGGUUAGAAAAUAUUAAUUUCAGUGGUUUUACGCACACAAAUAGACAAUAGAUUAUUUAUUUCGGUUCGAUAUCUAAUUUUGUACAAACACAACAGGCGAUCUAUAUCUGCACAGACAGAAAUAACCCACUGAUAAGUAUCUUAGUAAGUGCAACACAAUGUUACCAGAUUUAUCUCUAUUCAGGAAUAUGGCAUCAUUGCAUUGGACUUUGUCGAUAACUUGGUGGCACAGGUGACCUACCCUACCAAUGGGAGGACAGUUUUCAACCUGACAGAGGUAAGACAUGUUACACAAUUAUCAAGACCUAACACUUGGUACACGAUCAAGGACAAUGCAGUCAACACUUGCUCAUUAAUAGACCUUAUAGACCUUUUAAUACAUAGCAUUUCUUUCAGGUUGAAGUUUAAGUUGAUGUUUUUAUUUGCCCCAUUUUGUACUUUGCUUCAUGGUUACACCAUUCUAAGAUUAGUAAGUUUGUGCUGCUUAGGUAACAAUGGUUAUACAUUUUGUUUAAAGUUCCAAAUAAAUAUGCUCUUGUGAAUAUUGGACGAGAUAGAGUGAAUUUCGAUUUCAUUGUUCUAAAAAAAAAAAUUUAAAAUCUCGCACAUGGCAAUAAAUCUCUUCGUUGAAUGACAUUAUAUCAAUACAAAUGGGGAACUCGUUUUAAAUGGUGUUAGUCACAGUUUGACUAAACCUAGAAAACGGUUGUUGGGCAUGGUAUAAAACCUAUGUCGUUUGUAUUCUAACUAAGAGGAUGGCGUAUGAGAUCAACCAGACCACAGGUCAGUGUGCCAGGCACCCCAUGGCCAGCUACCAGGUGUAUGGACAGUGCCUACCUGGUAAGUCAUGCUGGUCUGCCAGUUACUCUUUUACUUUCUACUUUUGUUUUUUUGUCGGUGUACGAUAUAAAAACAAUUUCACCGAUCAGUGGUGAGUCUCUGCCGGUGUAGCAAUAGGAUGUAGCAAGGCCAACAGAUUUAGGCUUUAGCUAGUAGUCUUAGGUAUACCUUUUUUUUUCCCAUGAAAAGCAAUUUGUUUUUUUUUUCCAUAGUAAAAUGAUUGAGAAGCCAAUUUUUUUAGCCCAAAUAAAGUUAAAAUUUGAAACUUGGUUGCGUUUUUUAAAAUAUUGAGAACAGUUGCGUAUCAAAGAAUUAUAAAGCAAAAAAAAAGUGGUGGUGUUGGUGAUGUGAUAUUUGAAAUCAUCAAUGUAUCUUUUUAUUUGGACCAAACGUUUCUCAUUCUUCAGCCUCAGCCAGGCUGUACACCCCAAACAAUUCGUACGUCGGCCUGGGAAUCAACUCACUGGACAUGCAAGCCUGGCAGGUCGACCUGCCCGCUGGAGCCCUGGCCACUGUGGCAUUCAAUGUGGGCCAGCCAACAGUUCCCAUAGCGUCACAGUUGACUGGUGAGUUCUACAUGACCCAACUUUUGAUUCAUGAACGGUCUCUUAUUAAAAAGGUUUUUUUCUUUUUAUUCCUAUUUUCGAUUCCCAAAUAGGAAGCAGAGACGUGAUUUGACGACAAGCAUUGAGAUGCACUUGUGGGUUGUUGUUUUUUUUAUUAGAAUAUAUUUCAAUGAUAUUAGACGAUGGCUUGUGGUGGCAAAGUAGAAAGAUAUAUCAACAACAAAAAAAAAAGAUAUUUCUAAAGCACAUCUGCUCUGGUGAGCCAAGGGUUCCCUAAUCCGAAACAAUUCAUUCUCUGUACAAAUCUUACUUAGCUGUAAAUGAGAGCUGAUAAUUCAUUACUAAUCUAAUCCAACAUUUAACAGGUAAUUCCAAAACUGGUGUGGUCAGUUAACCAUUUAGAUCUACCGUCUCCUUAAAUGUGUUUUGAUAGAACUUCUCUUUCUAAAGAUGUAAAUCUACAUAAGCGUUUAAUCUUGUGUGGGUGUUGUUAAAACAAGGGGUGUACAAUUGCGUGAAUACAGACAUGUUUCUUGAUAUCAACAGGACUCGGGGAUGGCACCGGAAAAGAGAUCAAUUUUUUCUUCAACUGUGGCGCAUCUGCUGACCCAGUAUUGUUCUACCUGCCAUCCACGUGUAAUGCCCCUGAUGUCUUGAAGUGGACCAAAAUUAAGAACUCUGAUUAGAGAGCGCUAAAAAGUGUCAGCUUCUAAUAUAUGAUUCAAUGAUUACGAUAAAUGUAUGAUUCAAUGAUUACAAUAAAUAUAUGAUUCAAUGAUUACAAUAAAUAUAUGAUUCAAU